UCAAAACUUGAAAUCAGAAAUGCAUAGAUCAUAUCUUUGGUGGUUGCUCUAUACAGUAAUUUUUCACCAUACCUUUGCUGAUUUCUUUUUGCAUACUCCUAGAGGUUCAAACAACCGACUAAAUGGAGAGGAUGCAAAUCGUCAAAAUAACAACAGGGUCUUUGACUCUCAGAAUAAUGCAAAGGGAGGCUAUAAUGUCGCUGAGAAGAACGAGCAAAAAGGUUCAACAGACUGGUUUCAUAUGACUUACUACAUGAGCGGGCCACUAACAGGAAAGACUAUCUUGCCAAUCGAGUGGACAAACCAACAUGGUUGUGGGCACGGAGAUCUUAACUGCAACAUUGUUCUGCAAUACAAAUGUCAACCAACGACUAUCACAGAGAAACAUAAAGUAAUGAGGAAUGGCAAAUCAACGGAAACCCCCGCCCAUAAUAACAAAGGGCCAUUUAACGCGUAUUCAGAUAAAGUGAAGGCUGUUAAAGCUGAUGCUGGAGGGGACCGAGCCCUCAACGAACCUUGGGAAUGGUAUGAUAAAUGCAAUACACGCGAACGAAAUAAGGGAUUAUUUACCGCGGAUCAAAAUUUGCAAGGAGAUACUUCUAAAUACACCAGACAAAACGCUAAUGGUGGCCAGUCUGGUUACGAAUGUCCCGAAGAACGUGACUAUUAUCCAUACUGGCAUCCGUCCGAUUGGAUAGAUAUUGUCGUGCUUGCCAAUAGAGUAUCUGAUUGUUACAACUACCGUACAGAAAGUUUUAAUACAAGAUCAAAAGGUGAAUGUAUGGAAAGUUAUCCGAAUGCCAAAAGAAAUCGUCAUGCUUCAAAACACAAUAACAAAGCUGCCUGUGAAGGUGCUGGAGGAAAAUGGGUGAACUUUGAUAACUACUUGGAGAUUGUUCCUGGAAAAACAAAAGCUCAAUGUCGACUCAUGGGAUAUAGAUAUUUUUGGGGAAUACCAUAUCGCUCUGAAGAUCUUGAUCAACUGCAAGGACAAGAUCCGGAACAGUGGAAAAAGUGCCUGGUGAGGUUGCCACGCCCAGUUUGUAAAGUGGCACCUAAAACGCGUACUAAUCACCUUGGAAACGGGGAAAAGGUUCUUCCGGUAACAUUCGAAUGGGAACUUCCAUAUUUUCCCUCCGGACAGGAGCAACGAUGUGUACUCCGUGCUAGAUAUAAUAUCUCCACCAACGACUACGAUACAAGCAAAACAUUCGCUUCUUCAAAUAACAACAACGACGUUAUUUCAAACGACCCAGAUGUCAAUGUUGGAAAAGGAGGGAACAACAAAGUUACACUACAGCUUGCAAUCAACACGGCUCAGUUUGGUCGUGUUUUCCAGGACCGAUCGCACAUUUUUAAACUCAUACCCAGGAAAAAUAAGUUUAAAAAUCAGCGCAUCCUAAACCUUAACGUUAGGGGGAAACGUGGAAAUAUUGUUCAAGCUUACCCUGCUGUUGAAUACGACUUUACCCCUAAGGACCUAACAAUGAGGUCUACAGAUUACGUCCACGUACAGUUUGCUGGCUCUAAUAAUAAUCCAGCAGGAAACGCUGGCGAAGGGCGUGACCAGACAGACAGAAAUAAUUUGGUGGCAAUGAAAAAGCCUGACUUAAGCUACCCAUUAGAAGAUACCACAGGCACAUUAUUUGACCGAGCAACUGUCAUCGACGCACCCAACACAGACGACUUUACCCAAACAAAAACUGGUGCUGACAUAGCAACUGCGAUGGCAACAGCCGGUCGUUUUAAGCGUGCUCAAGACGUGCCCAAUCCAUUUCAGUUUGGAAAUUGUAACGCUCAGCAAGCACAACAGCUGGACUGCUUUCCACCUUCUUGGACUGGAUUACUCUUACGUCUUAAUUCCGGCCAGUAUUACUAUAUGUGCUCCCGUAACAACAACUUUACAAACAGGAAUCAAAAGGCCAGCAUAAAGGUUACUGCUCCACCUAGGCGGCAUUAUUGGGGCCAUUGGUUUUGGGGACGACAUCACCACCGUCACCACCGCCACCACCGUCACCACCGUCACCACCGUCUGUUCUUUGGUGAUGAAAAAUGAAUGAAUAUCGUGACAGAUCGCACUGGAAUUGUAUACUAAUUUAGCGAUUUUGCAUAACACUUAGCUUAAAAAUAUUCAGAACACUUCAGUGCAUUGAACGUAAGAAAAUAUGUUUUAGUUCUUGAUAUAUAGCAUCUAAAGUGAUCUAGCUUUCAUAUACAUCCCAAUGCAAAAUGAUUUUUUUUAUUGCAUUGUUGUUGUUCAUUAAAAUGAUAAAGUCUGAA